AUGGCCACACUAUUUAGAAUGAUGAGGACGUUCACCAACUGCUCGUUACUGAAGAUGUCCACCAACGGGAGCAACCUACCGAUCAACGAAGUCAAUGAAAUCCAGAAAUCGAUGGAUUUGUUGAUCUCGUCCAACAAGAUCAUGAUCUUCAGCAAAUCGUAUUGUCCGUAUUGCGAACGGGCGAAACGGUUCUUGAGCGAUAAACUGAACACGAUCCACAGAGAAGACCUCAAAAUCAAAAGUUUGGAAUUGGAUCUGGAGCCGAAUGGAUCGAUCAUACAAGAAUUGCUAUCCAAGAGGCUGAAUAAACAAAAAAUCACGGUGCCCCAAAUUUUCAUCAACGCACAACACAUCGGCGGUUGCGACGACCUCUUAACAAAAGAGCAGAAUGGUGAAUUGGAAAAACUGCUGUGA